AUGGGGAACGAAGCCAGCCUCGAGGGAGGCGGACAGCCGGGGGAAGGAGGCUCUAUGGUCGGGAUGACUGGAGCUCCGGGAUCGGUUUCAGCACCACCGGGUUCUGGACAGCUCAUCAAGCCUGUGAAUGGUGCAGCGGCCGGGGGUGGAGCAGCUACGGGACCCGGGGGAGGGAUGAACAGGAUGGGUGGACCUGGGGGACGACCACUCCAAAGCAACACUGUGCCAGGACCUAAGUCUGGUUACGGGGGAGGCGGGACUGGAAUGACUGGUAUGGUGGGAAGAGGAGACCCCUACAGACUGGCCACUCACGAGAGCCCCCUACCCAGCCAAGGCAGCCCAGCUCCUUCCCACCAAACCCAGCCGCCGUCCCAGAGCCCCGGACAGCACGCCUCCAGACGGAACCUGCAGGUGGACUUCAGCAGCGCCGGCGCGACGGGACGUUCGGGUCGGUCGCCGUCCGUGUCUCCAGACCGGGGCAGCGCCCCCACAUCUCCUUAUUCGGUGCCCCAAAUCGCGCCCAUGCCCAGUAGCAAGCUGUGCCCGAUCUGCAAUACCACAGAGCUGACGUCCACAGACGGAGCACCAAACUUCAACAAGUGUACGCAGUGUCGCACCACCGUGUGUAACCAGUGUGGGUUUAACCCCAACCCGCACCUCACUGAGGUUCAGGAAUGGUUGUGUUUGAAUUGCCAAAUGCAGAGAGCUCUGGGUAUGGAUAUGACUACGCCACGAUCCAAGAGCCAACAACAGAUCCACUCGCCAUCUCACCAACCCAAACCGGACCCCAUUCCCCAGGCCCAACCUCCAGCCCAGCCCAAACCUCAAACCAAGCCUCAGAUGCAGCCCCAGACCCAGCCACAACCCAAAAUCCAGCCCCAGGCUUCGCCUCAGGCCUCCGCAGGUCUGCCCAGACAGAGUGGACCGGCCACAUCUACCUACCAGACAGGACCUCAGACAGGACCGCAGCAGAGUGGAUAUCCUCCGGCAGGAGCUCCUCAAAGUGGACCUUCCUCUCAGAACCAGUUUGGGCCUAGAGGGCCGGGCAGUGCAUCCCUCCCUGGCUCACCGCGGAUCCCACACCCGGGUGCUGUGCCAUUACCGGGCCUGGCCAAGGCCCCCUCACAGCCGGACCUGGGUCGAGGAUCUCCGGCCCACCAAGCGGGUGCCCACGCUCAGAUCCGCAGCGCCGGGAGCUCCCCCGCCCGGAGACCCCAGUCUGCACCAGAACCCGCCCAGGACGGCCUGACCAAACUCUUUGGCUUUGGGGCGUCCCUUCUGAACCAGGCCAGCACCCUCAUCUCAGUGGAUCCCCUUCCCGGAGGCCCGUCUCCUCAACCAUCCCCCUCCCGAAAUGCCGGCCAGGGACCCAGGGUUCUCUUCAGCGAUGCCAACGCGGGGGCUAAACCUCCAGCUGCCGCCACCGCUGCUGGUGUAGGCAAACCCGGAGCAGGGGGUGGGAUGUUUCCACAAGGGCCACACGCCCCACCCCAGAAAACAGCCAAUCAGCAACAGUCGCCAGCACACAAGCAGCAGCAGCAGUCACCGUCGCAUACAGCCAAAAGUCAACAGCAGCCGCCGAGCACGACGCAGCAACAGAAAACCGCCCAGCAGCCCCAGCAGCAGACAUCCCCUCCCAAACCGGCCCAGACGGCCAGAGCCAAAGUCAGCUGUCCGCUGUGUAAGACCGAGCUGAACAUCGGCUCUGCAGACCCACCCAAUUACAACUCCUGUACCCAGUGCCACACACAGGUCUGCAACCUCUGUGGCUUCAACCCCACUCCUCACCUGGUGGAGAAGAAAGAAUGGCUUUGCCUGAACUGUCAGACACAGAGACUCAUGUCAGGAGGCCUCGAAGACCUACCUCUUCCUGUCCCUCAACCGUCUCCCAAACACCAACCGAUAGGCUCACCGCGGCAUCAACCUCCAACCAGUCAGCAGCAAGCUCAGCAGCCGCCCUUUCAGAAAUUGUCCAAUCAGCAACAGCCGGGGCCCAAGGCAGCACCACCCCAGCAAAAAGCUCCAGCGACUCAGUCGAGUGGUCCUCUCACCUCGACCGCUGUCAAACCAGCAGUGGAUACAAAACUACCGGAUCAAUCAACUCCUAUUCCAACCUCAACCCCUGCACCCAUCAGCGAGGCACAGAAGAAGGACAAAAUCGCCCUGAAAUCAGAUACAGAGCCUGAACCUGCCCCAGCAGUUGUCAAAGAGUCCAAACCAGCUCAAAAGAAGGGAAUAACAGAGCCAAUUACAGCUGUUUCUCCAGCUAAAGAUAAGAAGAAGGAGUCCCAGAAAUCAAGAUACGAGGAGACAAACAAGACAAACAGCACCCAUGACUUAUCAAGGAGCCCCCAGAGUUUGAGUGAUACAGGCUACUCAUCCGACGGCAUCUCCAGUUCACACAGUGAGAUCACUGGUCUUAUCCAGGAGGAGGAGAUGAAGCUGAGCGAGAGAGGACUGACUGGCCGCCUAACACCACCCAGCCCCUCUGAAAUCACCAAGUUGGAGAGUUCCAUGCGCCCUCUUCUGGAGUCCAAAGUUCCAUCCGAAGGGGAGAAGGCAAGGGACAGAGAGCGAGGUAGAGGAAGACACCACAGGGAUUCACGAGAGGGUGAAGACAGGAAGCACCGCCCUCACUCGCUGUCAAUCAGCCCUGAAGAGUAUGACUCUGAUGAGGAGCUAGAGGAUAUCCUCGAAGAGGAGGAGGAUCCGGCAGACUGGGAGGCCAAGCGAGAGCUUCGAGCAAUGGCUGCAGCUGGGGAUGACAGUGGCCGCAAGAAGAAGGCGGAGCCUGCGGAGUUAACGGAUGAGGAAUACAUGAGGAGACAGAUUAUGAAGAUGAGUGCAGAUGAAAUAAAUGAGGAUGAAGAAGAGGAAGAAGAGAUGGAGGAGGAAGAGGAGGAAGAGGAGGAUGAGGAGGAAGACGAAGGUUAUGGCUAUCAGAAGUCGAAAAAGACGCACAAGCACAUCAGUGACUCAGGGAAAGAGAAACGUCGCCUCACGCAUCAUUCAAGCAGCUUUGAAGAAGAGAGCAAGACGACCACCGAUGUCUACAAAGGCUCCGCUGAGGAUGGUGAAGAAGAUCUGAUGGCAUCCCAAGGAGGCUUACGACGAUUCAAGACCAUUGAGCUCAACAACACCAACAGCUAUGGCCGAGACAUGGAGCUCAGCAACGAGAAUGACCUAAGCCUUGACAGAGAACCUGAACUGGAGAUGGAGAGCCUCACAGGUUCCCCUGAGGAACGGUCAAGAGGGGAUUAUUCGUCUACACUUCCGCCAACCACUUCCAGCUACACCUCUGGAACAUCUCCUACCUCCAUCUCCUCCAUGGAAGAUGACAGUGACAGCAGCCCCAGCCGCAGACAGAGACUGGAGGAGGCCAAGCAGCAACGUAAAGCACGUCACCGGUCACAUGGCCCACUUCUGCCGACGAUUGAGGAUUCUUCAGAGGAGGACGAACUGAGAGAGGAAGAGGAGCUCCUGAGGGAACAAGAGAAAAUGAGGGAAGUGGAGCAGCAGAGGAUCCGAAGCACAGCCAGGAAAACUAAACGGGACAAGGAGGAGUUGAGAGCUCAGAGGCGCAGGGAGAGAUCCAAAACUCCCCCCAGUAACCUUUCCCCAAUUGAAGAUGCUUCCCCAACUGAGGAGUUGAGACAAGCUGCAGAGAUGGAGGAACUCCACCGUUCUUCGUGCUCCGAAUAUUCCCCCUCUGUUGACUCCGAGGCUGAGGGGUAUGAGAUGUCGUCCAAGCUCUAUAAAUCAGGCAGUGAAUACAACCUACCAACAUUUAUGUCACUGUACUCCCCAACUGAAAAACCUGAGACUACAUCAUCUGCCACAACCACCACCACCGCCAUGACCACCAUCACUGCAACAACUUCUUCGAGUGGCAAACCACUGAAGAGUGCAGAGGAAGUUUAUGAAGAAAUGAUGAGGAAAGCAGAGAUGCUGCAGAAGCAACAAAAGCAGCAGCAGCAACAGCAGCAGCAAACCCAUGCAGGGCAGCAAUAUAGCACUUAUCAGCAGGAGGACAUAAGGAAUGGGCAGCAGUAUGAGGAUGAGUAUGAGUAUAUCGAUCAAGACGACAUUGGCUAUGAUAAUGAAGAAAUUGAAGAUAUUUAUGAAGAGAUUCGCCAAACGUCCCAAAACAUCACCAAACAGCUGGAUGACCAAGGGGACAUUGAUGCACCUUACCCAGACAAACAGCUGUUGGAUACAGGCUCGGCAUUUGCAAAACUGCUGGAACAGAAUAAUGCUCUUCUGACUCCAGGCACCAGCCCAACUCAACUCUCAGCACCAGUGUCAUUCUCUGAAACAGGGACUGGAGGACGAAUACCUGACGUCCGUGUGACGCAGCAUUUCUCAAAAGAUGCACAAAAGGACAGACUACGAAGUCAAACUGGAAAAAAUGGCAUCACUCCUGCUGCCACCACUAUUACUGCCUAUGGAGUGUACGCACGAGAUACAGUUACUGUCUCGCAAACGAGUGUUAGCCAAACAGUGACCUCAACAGCAUCUACAUUGUAUGGACGGCAAAAGCCAACUAGUGUCACAACCACGACAGGUAUUUCAAAUGUCUCAAGUAAGAUAGCAGAGAUCACUCAGGCUUAUAGCCAAAGAGAGAGUGCUGGUAGAAGAAUGACAGAAAACAGAGGUGUCCAAAUGAGAGACAGCGCAACCUCAGCAGAAAUGAUUGCAGAAUCACAUUCACCAAAAGUCUACUCUUACUAUAAAGGGAGUCCUCCUCUUUCACCCACCUCUUCACCUACUCAUAGCCCGACCCCAUCUCCAUCCAGAAGAACUGCAGAGUUUUCAACACAAACAGUCAGCCCCUCUAUGAUAGCUCCAUCUGGAGGUUCCGGCCCCUCCUCCCCAGUUAUGGCUCAGGGCACUCAAACUCCUCACAGGUCUGUCUCACCGCGGCUCUUCAGGCAGCAGUCCUCUCAGGAUGCUCCAUUCAUGGUGAUUACUGUAGGGUCUGAGCCCACAAGUCCAUCAAAGCCAGUAACUGUAAAUACCGCCACGUCUCCAUUGUCCUCACCAACGAGGUUCAGCCGUCAGUCAACAUUUGAUGCCUAUUCUCCACCAGUCAGUCCACCUGACACGCCUCCACACCAGCAGUCUCCUCAACAUGGCUUUUACAGGACCCAUAGAGUUGAAAAAGUUAAUGUUGGCACAAGCAUGAUCACCACUGCAAGCACUUACACUCGUGGGUCACUCUCCAUGGAGAACAUAUCCCUUUGCAGGAUCUCUACAGUCCCUGGAACAUCCAGGGUUGAACCAGGUCACAGGCUUCAGGGUGGUAGUGUGGUAGAUCUGAGGACAGCCACAAAACCCGCUCCAGUCAUCAUGACUGAUCAAGGGAUGGACCUGACCUCUUUAGCCACAGAAUCACGCAAGUACUCUGGUAGUGCAGAAGGUAGUCCCAUCCGUCACACCACUACUAUCCAGCCUCUCAUUAUGAACCUGAAUGCCCAGGAACAGCCCUAUAUAGUAGCUUCAACUGCCACCACAGUUAGUGUCACUGUGGCUGCCUCUAUGUUUAUAUCCCAGCCGAAACAACCUGUGGUGUACGGUGAUCCCCUUCAGAACAGAGUUGACCUUGGUCAGGGCAUGGGAGCAGUAGUGUGCUUGGCUCAGAACAAGAUUAUUCCAACUGACCCAUCUAUACCAAAGAUUGAUGCUAAGCUGGAGGACCUGAGCAUUCAGCAGCAGCAGUUACUAAUGCAGCAACAGAAACUCCAGCAACAGCAACAACUCUUAGAGCAGCAGCUUCAACAGCACCAACAGCUACAGCAGCAACAGGCUGCCUCCUUUGCAAGGUUUAACCUAUCCACUCAGCUUCCAUUACUCAAGAAAGACCUGCUGGUCAGUCAGACGAGCACUGCCCCAGUGGUAAGCGCCAUUUCUCCAGCUUUAACACCUGAAAUAUAUGGAGCUGGAGGCCCUCUUGAACUAAAGGGCAAAGCACCAGCACCUGGUACUGUCAGCUUACCGUCUAUGAAGCCUCAUACCAUGGUGGUCCAAAUGGAUGGUGCUCCACAAGGGGCUGCAGUGACCCAGUUAGUCAAACCAGAGGAAGGUCAGGAUGCCAUGGAUUUAACAGGGCAAAUUAAGGCAGAUAAUCAAGUGGCGUGCUGUGAUGUUGUUUACCGCCUGCCCUUUGGGGGCAGCUGCGUAGGUGGUCCAUUUUCUCAAAAACCAGCAGCAGAUGAAAAAGCAGCUGUCACAGAGCCCUCUAGACCCCCCUCUGCACCACCACAGCUCUAUCAGCCACUACAUUCAGGGCAGGACAGUCAGACAUAUCAGGAUGUGUCUAUGAAGUCUUACACACUACCCUUCCCUGGCCGAUUACAACCAUCUAUGUCUGAGACAAACCUUGCUGAAGGUCUACAGUCCUACCAGUCAAAACUGGAUUCACAUCUGCAGGCCUCUGGAGAGUUGGCCAUGGACCUAAGCACAAUGAAGCAUGGAUAUGAGGGAGGCUACCUUGGGAUGGGGCUACAGUAUGGCUCCUAUACAGAUCUGCGCCAUGAGGGUGAUGUGACAGCUCCGCCAAUACCCAUAAGAAGGUAUAGCUCCUUGUCCAACAUCAGCUCAGACUAUGGAUAUUCCUCCCGUGAUCUUGCCAGUUUUCAGGAAUCUAAUCUAGCCCAGUAUAGCGCCACUACUGCUAGGGAGAUCAGCCGAAUGUGUGCCGCCCUAAAUUCAAUGGACCGAUAUGGGAGCAACCCAGACCUCCACCAGUUUGGUACUAGCAGGGGAACUGGUCCUCCAAGUCGAAUUAACCUACCACAAGGUCUCAGACCUAACUUUAUGUAUGGCCCAGACGGGAAGCUUCUUUCCCACAGUCAAGCACUCACCAAUCUCAUAAAUGCGAGGCAAGCAAGCCUUCGGGCUCUCUACCCGUCUGCAAUGAGAUCGGCUGAUGGUAUGAUCUACUCCACUAUCAACACUCCAAUUGCUUCCACUGUGCCAAUCACUACUCAGCCUGCCUCUGUGCUUCGUCCACUACUGAGAGGUGUGUACAGACCUCAUCCCACUCCAAACAUGACACCAGUGCCUCUGGCCAGCCUCACUAGAGUACCUGUUACUCCCAGGAUGCCUCUUUCUGGACAGGCACCUUACCGUUACCCAACUCCUAGCACCCUUCCUGUAUCUGCCUCUGCUCCUAUAAGCGAAUCUCCCACUGUCACAACUGUCCAGGAUGCCCCUAUGUAUCUUGGAAAACCAGCUGUUAGCACUUCAACCUCUGGAACUGUGUCUGCACCCUUAUCAGCAACUCAACCUACCACUGCACAGACCACUACCACAACUGUGCCUAUGUCAUCUACAGUGAGUAUACCAAAUAAUCAGCCACAACUGCAGCCAAUGAAUUUGACUCAGCCUCACCUGCACACUCAGACCUCUGCACAGCCCCCUGUUCAGCCUCAGCCUCCGCCAGCACAUGCUUAUCAUCCAACACACACUCAAAUACCUGGCCAACCUCAGUCUAUUGCCCAGCCACCUAUUCCAACUCCAGCAGCUACUACCGCUACUGUUGGAGGUUCUAUCCCUAGCACAGAAAAGGAGACAGAGGAAGAGAGAUUACAUCGUCAGCAAGAACAGUUGUUGCAGUUGGAGAGGGAACGUGUGGAGCUGGAGAAACUAAGACAGCUGCGGCUUCAAGAAGAACUAGAAAGGGAACGUGCUGAACUGCAACGGCACAGGGAAAAAGAACAGAUGUUGGUUCAAAGGGAGAUCCAAGAGCUCCAAACAAUCAAGCAGCAGGUUAUACAACAACAACAGGCAGAGAGAGAAAGCCAGCUAGUCAUGCAGAGGGAACAGCUUGCUCAACAAAAGCAGCAACUUGACCAGAUUCAAUCUUUGCAACAGCAAUUGCAGCAGCAGCUUGAAGAACAAAAAAGACAGAAGACUGCUGCGGCUGCAGCUGCGGCUGCAGCUGCUGCUACCAAUGCCCAGCUGAUCUGUGACCCAACUGGCAGAAUAGUGCAGACACAGGACCUUGCCCCAGAAAUUCAUUAUGGGGAGCUUCAGGUCUCUUCCAGGUCCCUACCCAACUCUUCAUCUGAAAUGUGUCUGAGGAACAGUGAGGAGCAGCUAGAGACCAGGUCCAUGCGGAAACAGAGAUCUUUACCUCGCUUGCAGGAUGGGGGAGAUGGGGAGGUGCAAAUGUUCCCUUUGACCCGGAGAAUUGUAGACAGCAGUGUGCAGACAGAUGAUGAAGAUGGAGAAGAUAGGUACCUGAUGUCUAGGCGGAGAAGGACAAGGCGCAGCGUAGACUGUAGUGUCCAGACAGAUGAUGACGAGGACAAGGUAGAGUGGGAACAGCCAGUCAGACGCAGGCGCUCCCGUUUCUCUAGACAUUCUGAAUCAGGUGCUGACUCAAAGACUGAAACCACUACAAGUACCACAGCAACUAAAGUGGCUUCCUCCAGCAUUGCCAUCCAAACCAUUCGAGACUGCUCCUGCCAAACAGAGACCGACCAGUUGGGGAGGGUUUCUCCUGCCAUACAUGUCACAGUACCUGACCCCAACAAAGUUGAAAUUGUCCACUAUAUAUCCGGACCAGAGAGGACCCAAAAGGGUCAAAGUUUAGCCUGCCAAACUGACCCUGAAGCCCAGUCACAGGGUGUAGUUAUUCCACAGAUUAGUGUAGCCACCACAGUCAGUCCUUACUCCACCAGUGUUCAACUUGUUGGUUCAGCAGAUCCACUCUCCCCUCGCCAGCAAGGUGUUGCUAAGUUUGAGAGGCGGCGACCAGAUCCUUUGGAGAUCAGCUAUCAGCAGCACCUGCACAACGAGUCCCUGUCCAGCCUGAUCCGGCAGCAACCCAAGUCCCCUCAGGUGCUGUACUCUCCUGUCUCUCCACUGUCUUCACCUCAUCGCAUGAUAGAAACCUCAUUCUCCUGCAGUGAGAGGUUGAAUAAGGCCCAUGUCACUCCGCAGCAGAAAUCCUACACGGCUGAGUCACCCCAGAGGCACCAGACGCUGCCCAGGCCGAUGAAGAACGUCCAGCGGUCAAUGUCAGACCCCAAGCCUCUCAGCCCCACCACAGAUGAACAAGCAAAGGCAAGGUUAUCCCUCUACCAGCAGCAAGCUCUACAAAGUCAGCUGGCAGCCCUGCAGCAGAGCUCCCUCCUGAGGAAGGUGAAGCGAACCCUGCCUAGCCCCCCGCCCGAGGAAACUCAGCUGCCAGUGGUCACCCCUGCCCUGCCCCAGAUGUUCAUGCCCUCUGUGCCCUCUCUGAAGGCUGCUUCACGCCCAGGUCUUGCAGCUAAAGCCAGUCUUCUUAAAGACCUGACCCAUGAGCUGAAGGCAGUUGAGCAGGAGUCCACCAAGCUCCGCAAACAGCAGGCGGAGCUAGAGGAGGAGGAGAAAGAGAUUGAUGCUAAGCUCCGCUACUUAGAAAUGGGCAUCACACAGCGGAAGGAUGCCCUGGUGAAAGAGAGAGAGAGGAGGGAGCUGGCCUACUUGCGCUGCAUGGGUGAUGCCCGAGACUACGUGUCAGACUCGGAGUUAAACAACUUGCGGCUGGCAGCUGCUGCUGCAUCCUUCGAGACGAAUGGGAUAUUGACCAGACCCAGCACGGCACCUCUCAGCCAGUUUACCAGUGAGCUGAACACUGCUGCUCAGUAUCCUCCCACCUCAUCCUUUGUCUCUUACCAGUACCCACAGAGCCAGCCAGCAGCACCCACCCCGCAGGCCUCCACUCCAUACCAGAGCACUGGCUUCAACCAGCCUCCCUACCCAACUGUCUCCCAAGCACAGGCUCUCCCUCAGCCUACUCCCCUGCAGACCCACCAUCCUACUCCAUCCUAUCAAGCCCCAGGGACCUUCCCCUCCCAAAGCUUCCCACAGAGCCAGCCCCCAUACCCAACAGACCAUGCAGUGCAACCUCCAGCUCAACCAAGUCAUCCAGGGUUCCAGCCUCCUCCUCCACCACCUGCUGGUCCAACUCCAUACCCAACCCACACCACUCCAUACCCGAGCCAGGCACCCCCCUACCCGGUCAGCCAGGCAAGUACCUACCAACCACAGGCAGAUAUCCUCACUGUCCACCAGAGGCCACGACAGACCUCACUGGCUGACCUUGAGCACAAGAUGCCCACUAACUAUGAGGUCAUAAGCAAUCCUACUGUUGUUGUGACAACCACUGCCCAAGAUGCCACUUAUGGCCAGCCCAGUGUGGCUCCAUCAUAUGGACAGUACAGCACAACAUUGGCUAGCACUUAUGGGCCAUACUCCACCUCUGUUUCAAGCACUUAUGGUGGGUAUCCAACAACCACAGCAAGUUCAUAUGGGCAAUACACCACAACUGCAACAAGUAGCUAUGGGCAAUACACAACAACUAUAGCAAAUACCUAUGGAUACACUACAACCACAGCCAGUUCAUAUGGGCAGUACACUACCACAGUAGCCAACACAUAUGGGCAGACAACACUGUCCGACCGACUACAUUCAGUGGACAGUCCCUCUACGUAUACCGGUGAUGGCCUGUAUGGCUCCUCCAACCUGGAGCAGAAUAUUCCAAGGAACUACAUGAUGAUUGAUGAUGUCAAUGAGCUAACUAAGGAGGGCAUGGGCAGCACCUCAGAUCCACACCGCAGUGAGGGCCACGGGCGCUACGGGGGCGAUGGACUGCACACGCGAGGGGGGAGCUCCUACGGCAGACCAGAAGAGGAGCGUGACGAAGAGCUGUACGACCAUCACCAUGGCAGGGGUAAGAGCACCGGCAGCUACCUUGCGCGAGGGGCAGACACGCAUGGCCGGGUAGUGGGCAGCAGUAGCAUGGGUGGGGGAUCGUCGUAUUACUAUGACGACUACAAACAUUCGGCAACGGCCUCACGAAGACACUCCUCCAAAAGCCUAGCUCCAGCGGUCAUGUCCACCAAGAGGAGCAAGCAUCGGAAGCAAGGCAUUGAGCAGAAGAUUUCCAAAUUCUCCCCUAUCGAAGAGGCACGUGACGUGGAGGCCGACCUGGCCUCCUAUACCAUGAGCACCUCCACCACCAGUGGCUAUGGCUCAGGAUCCCGCUCCAGAAAGCUCCACGAUGACUUUGGCUAUGGGUUGCGUCACAGUGCGUAUGACUCCCACCGGAGCUAUUACGGGGAAGAUGAACGACUGUACCACCAUGGCAGGUCACGCUCUACUGGCUAUGGCAUGGACAAGAUCUCAUCCCGGGACACAGGCUACCGGAGCAGGUCGUACGAACGUGACUACACUGACCGUUCUUACAGGAGUGGCUAUAGCCGCAGCGGGCGUCCCACCUUGCGUUCCCAGUAUUCUGAGGAGGAGAGCCCGCUCAGCCCCAUGGGGAAGCCCGUGGGUGUUGGGCGAGGCUCAAUGGGGCCAGAUCCAAGCAAUCCCUAUGGCUCCAGUCACUCUCUGCCUGAUGUGCAGGACCACAUUCGAGACCUACCAAGGACCCACGUCUACAAACCCGAUGAUAUGUACAUUAUAGACGAUAUGCAUUGCGCUGUUUCUGACAGCGAAGCCUACCACCUUGGCCAGGAGGAGACCGACUGGUUCGAGAAACCGCGUGACGCCCGCGGCUCCCGUCACUACAGCAGCAGUGGACACUCCUCCUCUGGGAGGCGUGGCCACGUCAAACACACUUACCAUGACUACGACGAACCUCCAGAGGAAGACCUCUGGCCACAGGACGACUAUGGUCACUCCCGUCACAGCUCUUCAAGGGAACAUCGUCACCAUGGGAGCAGCAGCUCUGGCAGACACUCAUCGUCUCGACACUCAGAUGAGCCACGCUCAUCCCGAUCAUCACGCUCUUCCAAGGACCCCUCCAUGCGCCACGACUCCCGUUCCAUGUCCUCAUCUUCGGGGAAGAGGAGCGACUCACGCUCUCAGGGCUACCACUCUUCAGACUACUCUCGGGACCCUUCUGGUCACCACCACAGCUCACGUUCUGGGAAGCAGUCGUCUCAUCAUCAAGGCUCCUCUAGCCGAAAGCAGCAGCAGCAGCAGCAGCAGCAGCAAGAUCUUCAGGGCCAUCCGUCCUCAUCCUCGUCCUCCAGGCAGCCUGGCACCUCUGGACCAGGGCAGAGGGGGCCAGGUGGGCCUGCAGGGUCAAGCAGGCAGAGUGGAUCCCAGCAGCCACCUGAUGGGCAGCAGAGUCAGCGAACACAACUGCAGCAGCAACAGCAGACGUCAGCUGCCAGGCCAGGACAGCAGACACCUGCAGGGGCUGCCACAGCACAGCAGCCAGCUCAGGCUCAACAGCUGCAGGCCAAACCGGGUCAGGCUGCCCCAACUGCACGACAACCAGGUGCAGGACCACAGCCAACCCCAGCUGCGACCAAGCCUGAGCCCACCCCUGUUACUGCAAUUGGAGCAAAAGCAGCCACUGUACAACCUGCCAAAACAGCCCAGCCUCCGCUCACAGGGAUAGGUUCUAAGGCAGCCCCGCGGCCUGGUGGUAUAGGCAGUGCUGCAGCAGGUCAAACUGGUAUGGAGGGAGAGAGCAUGCUGUCAAAGAUCCUGCCUGGAGGAGCAGCAGAGCAGGCUGGAAAACUGGGAGAAGCCAUCUCUGGAUUUGGCAAAAAGUUCACCUCAUUGUGGUGA